GUCGACCGCGUCGUCGUUCAACUCUUGUGCCCGGCCGCCGCUUACCUGCCGCUCCACGCGCGCCUUGGACCCUCCUGCUGUGUUCGCAUCACUGCUGCUCGGCCGAUCCCUUUAUCAUCUCUAAAAGUCCAAACCCGAUCGCCGAUCACCCAGCCCAAGUCCACCCCCAAAUCCACCCAGCUCUUCCAUGGACCAUCCCAAGCCGCCGUCCACGGACGCCUCGGCUUCGCCGGACACGCCGAACCCGCACGCCUUCACCUGCGAGCUCCCGCACUCGAUCUACGCGCUGGCCUUCUCUCCCACCGCGCCAGUCCUCGCGUCCGGCAGUUUCCUUGAGGACUUCCACAACCGCGUCUCCCUCCUCUCCUUCGAACCCGUCCGCCCCUCCGCCGCCUCCUUCCGCGCCCUCCCCGCGCUCUCAUUCGAUCACCCCUACCCGCCCACCAAGCUCCAGUUCAACCCCCGAGCAGCCGCGCCGCCCCUCCUCGCCUCCUCCUCCGACGUGCUCCGCCUCUGGCACACCCCGCUCGACGACCUCUCCGCCUCCGCCUCCGCGCCCGAGCUCCGCUCCGUUCUCGACAACCGCAAGGCCUCCGCCUCCGAGUUCUGCGCGCCCCUCACCUCCUUCGACUGGAACGAGGCCGAGCCCCGCCGCAUCGGGACCGCGUCCAUCGACACCACCUGCACCGUCUGGGACAUCGACCGCGGCGUCGUCGAGACGCAGCUCAUCGCGCACGACAAGGCUGUGCACGACAUCGCCUGGGGCGAGGCCGGGGUCUUCGCCUCCGUCUCGGCCGACGGUUCCGUCCGCGUCUUUGACCUCCGGGACAAGGAGCACUCCACCAUCGUCUAUGAAAGCCCCCGCCCCGACACGCCUCUCCUCAGGCUGGCAUGGAACCGCUUUGAUCUCCGCUACAUGGCUACGCUGCUCAUGGACAGCAGCGCCAUCGUCGUGCUCGACAUACGCGCGCCCGGGGUGCCGGUGGCCGAGCUGCACCGCCACCGGGCUUGCGCCAACGCGGUCGCGUGGGCGCCACAGGCUACCAGGCUCCUCUGUUCCGCUGGGGACGACGGGCAGGCGCUGAUCUGGGAGCUGCCGGAGACGGCAGCAGCUGUGCCCGCCGAGGGGAUCGAUCCUGUGCUAGCGUACGACGCAGGCGCUGAAAUAAACCAGCUGCAGUGGGCGGCCGCCCACCCGGACUGGAUGGCCAUCGCCUUUGAGAACAAGGUCCAGCUUCUCAGGGUCUGACAAGGCCAUCUCCAACGGAGUCUCCAAAUCUGCAAAUUCCAGUGCUACAGUACUUUGCGGUGUACUGUAGCGCUGGAAAUUCAUCUUCAACAGAGCCUGUAUCCAGUGAUACAGUACUGCUAUAGUGUUAGUGAUAGAGGAUGCUGUAAUAGUGAUAGGAGAUGCUGUAAUAGUAUUUUGAGGAUGAAAAUUUGAGGUAGCUGUUGGAGAUGGUCUUAAGGAGGUUCAGUUUUACACCAAGAGAGGCCAUAGUUGUCUUGUGUGGUUGUGCCAACUGAUCAAAGAUUAAUGGUUCAAACUCCAGCUGAACCAUAACAUCAAUCAGGAUGCAAGUCCUUCGUAGGAUGCUUUCCUUCAUUCCCCACUGAACUCUGUAGUUGUGCCACUAUCCUCUGUCCCUUCCUCUGCAUCUUUCCAAACAAUGUCCAGGAGGUGAAAGCUUUUAUUUUUAGUCUUAGCUUAAAUUUCAGACUCCGUUUAUGACCAAACAUUAGAAAAAUGAUUCUGUUUAUUAUCAGAAUUCAUACAAUGAAACACAUACUCUAUAUAUGAUAAGAGAUUCUGCCAUAAGAGUUGAGGAAAUUAUGAAAGAAGAGAUUCUAAAAUAUCCCCUUCCCUUCUCAUUCUUCAAUUUUGAAGAUAAAUAUCCUGCAUCAUAUCAGCAGACAAAGUGUUUAGUAGGCCAGGAAUCUCUCAUUUGAAACUUUACUUUUCCUUCCAUCACUCAACCUUAUUCUCAUCCUGUUCAGUUCUUAUGGAAUUCAAUCAUGUUGCCAUUUGCUCAAUAAGCUAUUUACUAAUUCCUAGGCUACCCUACUCUUUUCUGAUGAAAAUUAUUUUUUGUUUUUAGAUGAUAUUUUAUGUGAAUACUGUUACCACCGAAAAGUGUGCAGUGCAAUUGUCAAUCUUUGGUACUAGCGAGUAGCAACUCGCCCAGGCAGUAUUUGAACUUGUUUUAUUGGGGACAACUAUCGAACAUCAGAACAUGACUUCGUUUUUUUAGAGGGGAACAGUAGGGGUGGACCCUUCUGAAUAUAUAUUAAUAUAUAAAUAUAGGGUUUAGAGUUUAUGUCAAAGGUCUACAAGGCCAAACUACAGUAGAUAAACAAUGUAAAAGAACUGUUGCUAGAGGAAUUUUAUUGUUCAGAUUUAACCAAUUCACUAAUUGGAGAAGAAAUCUCUUGGACGCUCUUUGCUUCAUUAUCACCA